ACGCUUCCUUCUAACCGUUCCCUCACGAAUACUAUUCUCGUCAAUCUCAUCAAUCUCUUCGCUCUCCACUACAUCCGAUCUAUACACGCCAUAUUAAAAAAUGCUUGAGGCACGCUUAGAACAGGCCAGUCUUCUGAAGAAGGUGGUCGAUGCAAUCAAAGAUCUGGUCCAAGAUUGCAAUUUCGAUUGCAAUGACUCCGGUAUUGCGCUCCAGGCAAUGGACAAUUCCCACGUUGCCCUCGUCUCCAUGAUGCUUAAAUCGGACGCCUUCCAACCCUUCCGAUGCGACCGAAACAUCGCGCUUGGUAUCAAUCUCGGCUCGCUCACCAAGGUUCUCCGCGCCGCACAGAACGAUGACACGCUCACCCUGAAGGCUGAGGACGCGCCCGAUGUUGUUAAUUUAGUCUUCGAGGCGACCGACUCAGACAGGAUCAGUGAGUAUGAUAUCAAGCUUAUGGAUAUCGAUCAGGAACAUUUGGGCAUCCCCGAGACGGAAUACGCGGCCACCAUCUCUCUGCCCUCAGCCGAAUUCCAGCGCAUCUGCAGGGACUUGAGCGCCCUGUCGGAGUCUGUGUCGAUCGAGUGCUCAAAGGAGGGUGUCAAGUUCAACUGCCAGGGCGACAUUGGCUCGGGCUCCAUCCACCUCCGAACUCACACCAACGUCGAGAAGCCCGAAAACAACGUUGAGAUUGACAUGACCGAGCCUGUCUCUCUCACUUUCUCCCUCAAAUAUCUUGUCAACUUCUGCAAGGCUAGCGGCUUGUCUACCCAGGUCAAGCUUUGUCUUUCCAACGAGGUUCCGCUCCUUGUCGAGUACGGGCUCGUCAACAACAGCUACCUAAGAUUCUAUCUCGCUCCCAAGAUUGGUGAUGAGGAGUGAGCGCAUCACGACUCACUGCGGUAUGACCCGCACCUCUUUAGGAUACACUUGUGGAUUUAUCACGGCGGAGCAAGCAAUGUCCUUCAUAUGCACUCCAGGCGUCUAUCGGGUAUUCAAGGGUGUUAGAUUGGCACUGGGGUGGGAUGCGGGAUUAAGUUCCAGGAUCUCGGUGAAACUGGGGGACUGCCCCGCGGACGUCAGAGAGGGGCAAUCA